AUGUCUUCAAGAGCAUUUUCAGAAGGAUUCCAAAACGAAACAUGGGCCUUAUAUGCUGUCGGUGUUUUUGGGACUGCCCUACGAUUCGUCGCCCGUAUUCGACGUCUCGGACUCCGCAAUAUUCAAGUUGAUGACUAUCUCAUGGUCUUGGGAGUGAUCUGGUACACCAUAUUAUGCGUUGCUCUUAACCAAGUCGCAUCCGGAGGAGGCUCCAAUUUGAUGACAGACGAGGAUAUAGCAAACUUAACGCCGAGUAUCUAUGCAGAAAGGGUUCGAGGGAGUAAAUGGGUGUUUGUAUCCGAACAUGCUUUCAUUCUGACGGUGUGGAGCUGCAAGUCGUGCAUGCUGGUUAUAUAUGCUCGUCUUACAGAUGGAUUAGCUCAGAAACGACUCAUAUACUAUUGCUCUGCGUACGUCGCCGUUGGUUUCGUUGCCGUGGAAUUGUGCCUCUUUUUGAGUUGUAUUCCGCUACAAAAUUAUUGGGCAGUUCCUACACCAAACCCACAAUGCUCAACUUAUCAGCACUACGAAAUAGUCCAAGCCUGCUUCUCAAUCACAGCCGACAUCUUCAUGCUACUAGUAGCAAUUCCUCUCCUGGUCAAGAUUCAGUUACCUCUCAGACAAAAACUGAUUUUGGUUCUUCUGUUCGGCAUGGGUGUUUUCGUUAUUGUGGCCGCUAUUCUGACCAAAGUCUACUGCCUGGUACCAAGUCUGAUAUCCUACGUCUACAUGAAUUGGUACUUCCGCGAAGCGACAGUCGCAAUGUUAGUCACUAACUUACCGCUUAUCUGGUCCCUAUUGCGCGACAUCUUCCCAAAUCUACUCAAUAGUUGGACCGGCGGGUCAAAAAAGGGAGCGGAUCGAUACUAUCCAUCUAUGCCCUUCAGUUCCACAACCCGAUCAAAAGGAACCCGUACCUAUGGCAUGAACAGCCAGGUGCAAUCGACUCCGCACUUCAAUAUGAAUGAGUUUGCAAUAAAGUCACAGAAGAAUGCCAGUGGCUUGGAUAUUACGCGAGCAGACUCGAACAGCACAGAUUUGAACAGUGAUGACGGUUCGGAUCGCGCCCUGCGAAUUCGGCAGGAUAUCACAGUGACUAUAGAGGCUGAAGAACGGCAAGAACCGGCUAGGGAAGCUAUGUCACAACCUCAUGGAUGGGAAGUGAAGGGUUCCGAUGCACAGACAUCUUAA